CGCCCGCACGCAUGCUGCGCUGCCAUAUAUGCACCUCAGCAGCCAAGCCAGACACCAAACCGCAGUUUUGCUCCCGCCCCGGUUGAGAAUUCGGCAACGUCCAUGUCCGUAGGCAAGAAUACGUCGCCGUCGCGGCGGGAAGCGGACAAGGUCGAGGAGGAGGUGGUAGAGGGAGGACAGAACGGCGGCGACGGCGCCGUGGUUCAGCAGAAGGCGGAGAGCAACGGAGGAAAGAAGAAGGCGGCUGAUCAGCGGCGGUACAGCCGGUGCUUCUUGGGGCUGGAGCUCAGCAUCGGCCCAGGGCCGCUCAAGGACGCCGAAGCCGGCAAGCUCAAGGGCCAGAUCAGGAAGUGGGCCAGGGCCGUCGUCACCUACGCGCGCCAGCUCAGCUUCGGCUCGCCGAGAUCCUCCCCUCGCAUGUCAGGCGACGGCGCUACGCCCAGGUCGGCGACCUUCCGUUCCAAGUCCAGGUCCAAGUCCGCCCUCGGCAGCGUCAGGGGUGACGAUGCUCCCCAAGCACAGCCGCCACCGUGAACUAAAACUAGCUAAGCUUAACAGAGUCCCCUCCUCGAUCGGUAGCGUGUAAAUAUGUAGAGCUAUUCGGCUUCUUCUUUCUUUCCUCUUCUUUUGACAGAACAAAUUACAGUUGCAAUUUUUUCAUGGCUUGAUCAUCUCUUUCUGUUCAAUAAAAUGUCUGAUCUAGGUCUUCGUGUCCAAA